GUAGCCAAACAUAAUCCCGAUGUGUAUAUCAUCGAUGACUUCUUCGGCUCUCCGACACUAAUCCACUCAAACAAACCCUGGGUUUUGUUGUGUAGCGGAAAUCCUCUAUUUUAUAUCGAUGAUGAGAGGACUCCUCCGCCCGCUUCGGGUUAUCCUUCAAACGGAGAUCGAAAACAAUGGGAAGAAUUUCUAGAAUUAAAAAAUGAAAGUUUUAAAAGUCAUGCCAUUAAAUACAAUGCAUGGAUGAAAGAGGACGGCUUUCCCGUAACCACUAAUAAUAAAGCUAUGCCUGACUCGCCGUAUCUUAAUAUCUAUGGAUAUCCCGAAGAACUCGAUUAUACAGAUCUCAGACCACUUCCAGAGAAGUGGUUAAGUGUUGACGCAUUCAUGAGAAGAGGAGAAAAACAAGAGUUUAAAAUUCCCGAUAAAUUUAAUGACAGAGAUAUAGAGAAAAGUAAAUUAAUUUAUCUCUCAUUGGGUUCUAUGGGUUCAGUAAAUGUGGAUCUAAUGAAGAGAUUGGUGUCUAUUCUCAGCAAAAGUCAGCACAAGAUUAUUGUCUCGAAGGGAGUUCUCGGAAACACAUAUGAAUUG